GUUCAAAAUCAUAUUCUUAAGUAUUAAGCAGUUUCGAUGGAUUUAAGAGCUGUACUUAGACUUUUACCUUCCUUUAAAGUGGAUCGAUGUUCCCCAAUUAUUCACUCUGCAAGUCUAAUGGAAGAAUCUUCCAUUGAAGUUUCAAUCUCAACACCACCAAAUCAACAAAAUAGAGACAUAAUAAGCAGUUUGCCAGAUGAUGUUGUUUGUCACAUAUUGUCGUAUUUGGAAACUAAAGAAGCUAUCGGAACAACUAUCCUGUCCAAAAGAUGGCGUCACGCUUGGACUGGUCUGGUCGAUUUCAAGUUCGAUGAUCAGAAUUAUAUCCUUGAGGGGGCAAAUUUCUUCGGAAGAUUCGUAGACAAGGUCUUGCUUGUUCAUCGCGGUGCAAUAAAAAGUUUAAGAUUUGAUACUCGUUGUUUCCCUCACGAACACAUGAAUCCAUGGAUUCGCGCUGCAGCUAUGCAAAAUGUUGAGGAGCUCAGCAUAAGCACAGACUAUAGCAUUAAGAAAUCAUACUUAAGCAUACCCCAAACUCUUUUUAGUUGCAAGACGAUAAGGUUUCUGCAGCUUUACUUUCGUGUUGAUUUCCGGGUGAUUCACGACUCUGUUGUUUGGCUUCCAAGUCUCAAAGUUCUUCAUCUUAAUUUUGUUUAUAGUUUUGAUAGUCUUACCAUACACAAAAUCUUAGCCAAUGCUCCGGUUCUUGAAGAAUUAUUAAUUUAUACACAACUUCCUCCUAAUUAUGGCUCCAACACUUUGCGUAUUCAGUCAUCAUCUCUAAAACGUUUCUUCGUUCAGAGUUUUGAGACGCCCGCUGGAGCUAAUGGCUCUCGUAUGGUAAUUAAAGCUCCGAAACUCGAGUAUCUUUUGCUCCACGAUUCCAACUCCGAAGAAUUUGAGAUAGAGAGGUUAUCAUCGCUGGCUUAUGCACAUAUUGAUGUUCGAUAUUUAAGAAAUAACAUAAAUCAUGUUUCCUAUGCGAAUCAAGUGGUUAAUCUACUAAGGAAAAUUAAUAAUGUCAAGGUUUUGCGCUUACAAGCAUCAGUACUAGAGGCUCUUGCUAAGGCAUCAGAUGAUAAUUUUCCAAGCUUUCUUAAUUUGGUGCAAUUAAAGCUGAAGGCUGAGCAAAAUGAUUGGCAAAUGCUACCUAAGAUGUUACAUUCCUCUCCGAAAUUGGAAGUACUUACUCUCAUUAGAAAGGCUCCUCGUGAGGCGAUUUUUAAAGAAGAAUCGAUGAUUUUUAAAGAAGAAUCGGUGCCCAAGUGCUUGUUGUCCUCCCUCGAGACACUGGAAUUCAAAGAUUUUGAAGGGAAUGCAGCAGAGAUGCAAAUUUUAGAAUAUAUUUUGAAGAAAGCAAGUCUCCUGAAAAUGUUUAGAAUCUCGCUUUCUGCUACGAUUGAUUCUGACAAAGAGAAACACACUCUUAGUAAGCUCGUUAAGUUUUCAGAGGGCGCUAACACAUGCAGAAUGUUAGUUACUAGGAGAUUUAAGAAAACUCCUAAGAGUUUUGCUUAUUUUAUGGGACUUUAGUUACUGAAUUCUGAUGAUGUGCAAUAAAACCAUUUAUAAUGUUCAUUAAUAAGAUAAUCAAGUUUGCUUAAUUUGACUCAAGACUUAGGAUUUCUGAUGUAUAAUUCAAAUUUCUCCAUGAAUUCUGAUGAUCUAUAAAGGAUAC